AUGUCCACCGACGAACGUCCCCUCGACGUCGUCGUGCGAUUCUCGACCUCCAACCCAGACCUCAUCCUGAACAUCGACAAGCCCAGCACCACCUCCAACCUCACCCUCAAGCAGCGCAUACGAUCCCAACUCGAAUCCCCCGCGUCCGCUGCUCGCCUACGACUGAUCCACUCUGGCAAGGUCCUCGCGGACAAUGCAGCCCUCGAGAAGAGUGUCAAUGUCACUCGGCCCCCGCCUACAAAUGACGAAAGUAAGAGUGCGAAGGCAAAGGGGAAGCAGCCGGUUAGAGAUGCUGUCCAACCUGCGGCGAGAGUCUACAUACAUUGCUCGAUAGGCGAUGCGCUGAGUUCGGCGGAAUUGGCUGCUGAAACCAAGGCUGCGCUGGAGGCGGAUGCCGCGUUGGAGUCCAAGACUGCGCAGCCGAUAUCGACAACCGCGCUGUCCUCUGGUCAACAAGAUGCUUCAACGACGCCUGCACCUCGAGGCUUUGAUCGCCUGCUUUCUGCUGGGUUUACGGCGCAGGAGGUUGCUUCUCUGCGUGCGCAGUUCCUCGCUAUACAGGCACAUACGCAUACACCGGAUACGAUGCCCACUGGCCCGGAUUUACUAGCUUUAGAGGAGCGAUGGCUGGAUAACACAUCAAACACAGCCGCUGGAGGUGGAGAAGGAGAUACUGGAGGCUUUGGGGCUGAAGAUGCCGGGGGAUUGGAGGACAUGCUCUGGGGAAAUCUGCUGGGGUUCUUUUGGCCUAUUGGAGCGAUGUGCUGGUUGAUGAGAGAGGAAGGCGUAUGGACGCGGAGACGACAAAUUGCGGUCCUAUCUGGAUUCUUGGUGAACCUCACCUUUGGCUUCCUGCGGGUUAUGAACUGA